AUGUGUGAAGGGCCGUCAAGGAUUUCUGGACCCAUUCCUCCAGACCCUACACUCAUUCCAGACUAUUACAAACGCCCCUUCUCAGCUCGAGGGAGGCUGGAAGGGAAUGCUCAGAAGCUGGAUUUUACCUCUGGCCCCCUGGACCUAGUUCUCAACCCAUACCCUGCUUUGGGCACUGCCCGCCACAUCCAGCCAGCCCCUCGCAUUCGCCCCAGUGGAAAGGACUUUCUGGAGAAGGGACAGAAGGGGACGCUCAGUCUCUUACUGCAGCUCGAAGGGAUCUCCCUUGGCGGAGGGCUGCCAGUCAAGAGGAAAGGGUCCAAGGACCACGAGAAGGAAAACAUGAGGCGAAUAAAGGAGAUUCAGAAGAAGUGCAAAGAGAAGGAGCGAGCUCAAGAGCACAGCCAUCCCAAGCCUGUGAAAGCUCUGUGGAAAUCCCAGAAAUACGAAAAUGUGGAGUCAAAGGUGAAGGCCAAACUGCAG